AUGACUUCCACCCGGGACUUUGACAUUCCUACCUACGAUGGAAUCAAACUACGAGGGACCCUGUACUGCGUAGGGCAACAGAUGCCUUGCAUUAUAAUGUCUAGUGGCUGGUCGGGUCUUCGCACCCAUUUCAUUCCCGAUUUUGCAGCCCGAUUCAACGCUGCUGGAUAUGGCGUCCUGGCAUAUGACAACAGAGGUUGGGGCGAGAGCGAGGGCACGCCUCGUGAGGAAGUCGAUCCAUGGCUGCAGACUCGCGACUAUUUCGACGCCUUCAACUUUGCCACAGUUCAGCCCGAAAUUGAUGCCACCAAGAUAGUUUACUGGGGGUCUAGCAUGUCUGGUGGAAACGCCGUUUGCGCCGCCGCCAUCAACAAGAAGAUUGCGGCUGUCAUCCUCCAGGUCCCGUUCGUCUCCGGCGAGGCAAUCAGCCGCGGCCCUGGCAUGGAUACCAGCAUGUUCGUGCUGGAACGCGGCAAGGCCGUAGCCGAGGGCGCUGCGUCAAAGAUCGACAACUUCCCCAGCUCAAUGGAGGAGCUCAUGGCUGGUACAUCCAAAGCCGUGCUCAGGGAUCCCGAGGCCAUAGCCUUCAUGGACGAAAUGAAGAGGCGCGGUAUGGACUGGUCCAAAACUUGCACUGUGCAGAGCCUGACGAACGCUGUGCUCCACGAGCCGAUAGCGUACAUCCACCGGAUUUCGCCCACGCCCAUGUUGAUGAUUGCCUCGAAUAGCGACGUCACCACACAAACUCAUUUGCAACUCCAGAUGUACGAAAAGGCAUUAGAGCCAAAGACACUAAAGAUUCUCAAGGGCGUGGGGCAUUUCAGCCCGUACUACGGCGAGACAUUCGAGAUCAAUAUUAAAGCCCAGCUUGACUUUCUCAAGGAGACUGUGGGAUGA